AUGCACCUCGUCGGAGUUUUUGUACUGGCUGUAUUGCUAGCGAAUGAGCCGCAGUCUCUGAUAGCGGCAACAACGACAAAUGCUUUUCCGGAUCCCUAUGACAGAAAUAUCGAAUCAAUUGGCCUGACCAUCGAAUUCUAUGGCUACCGAGGCUCCAUCUCCCCUUUUGGAUUGAGCGAUUGCAUAUCAGCUGCCAGCAACGAUGUCGUCCGGCAUCUCCUCGAAAGCGAAGCCCCGAUGAACAUGGAAGCCCCUUCGUACUCUUACCUUGACAGUGGGGUGAAUUUGUUUCUCAUCCCUAACGACAGCCUCACGUGGCACAUGUGGGCGUUCGUGCCGGGUUGGAUCCAGGAGUUCGUGACGGAGAAUGAGUUCAAGGGGACGCAGUUUGUUCUCUUGUGGGAGGGUUUUGGGCCCGUGGGCUUUGGUCAGUUGGUCAACACUUCGACUGGUACACUAUCCUGA